AUGUCUACUACUGCAAUAAGUAAAAGAGUUUUAAAAACUACUACAACUUUACCUCCAUGUUGUUUGAGAAUUCAUCCUGAUGACACGUCAAGAAUAUAUAUUGGUACAUACAAGCUAGAAACAGAGACUGGGUUAAAGCAUGGAUCACUAGAUUAUUUUAAAUAUGAUGAUGUGACUAAGUCAUUGAAAUUAAUACAGUCAGUUCCUACCAAAUCCGCAAUACUAGAUAUAAAAUUCAAUCCUUCAAAUUUAAAUCAAAUAGUGUCGGGUCAUUCAAAUGGUAGUAUACUAAUAUGGAAAGUGGAACAAGAUCAGAUAAGUGUAGAACAUGAAAUAACCAUAGAUCCAGACUCAUGUAUUACUUCAAUUUUUUUCAAUCCCAACACUAGAAAUCAACUAUUGAUAACAUUCACAAGUGGAUGCCUGUCGAUUUAUGAUUUAAUCACUCAAUCCACAACUUGGUUAGAAACACAACAUGAAUUAGAAUGUUGGACUGGAUCAUUUGGUGAAUUAGGUGAAUUAACAAAUGUUGUGUAUACUGGUGGUGAUGAUUCUCUAUUAAUAGCUCAUGAUUUGAGGACAUCAAAUUCAAUUUGGACAUUAAAAAGAGGUCAUGAUGCAGGUAUUGUAAGUAUAUUAUCACCUUCACCAAAUUGGAAUAACUUGAAAGGAAAUUAUCUAUAUACUGGUUCAUAUGACGAUCAUUUGAGAAUUUGGGAUUUAAGAUGUAUUGAUCUGAAAAAUCCAGCUUUAAUUGAGGGGUACAUACCGAAAAAGAUAUAUGAAGAAAAUUUGGGCGGUGGAGUAUGGAGAUUAAUACCUAGUCCUGUUGAUAAUCGAAUGUUAACUUGUUGUAUGUACGAUGGUGCAAGAGUUAUAAACACAAAUGAAACAGAGUUUAAGGUCGAUAGAUACUUCAAGGGAGAUCAUGCAAGUAUGUGUUAUGGUGGAGAUUGGUCAAGUGAUGGGAAAUAUAUAGCUACUUGUUCAUUUUACGAUAAUGUUGUUCAAAUUUGGUCACCUAAUGAAAUAGAUUAG